CGGAAUUGUCAAAUGUUACUGUCAAAAUUUCUGACAAUCAGCUGGUAUGGAACCUUUGAUUACUGAAAAAGUUUAUUUUAAAAUAAAAGAUGAGUGAAGUAAUAGUCCUUUUCAAUGGGUACUCAACUAUAAAUACUAGUGAUGAGAUGACGGCUAAUUGUAGUUGUACAUUAAUUAAAGGCGCUCAAAAUAUAAUUGUAGAUACUAUGACAGCUUGGGAUUCAGAUAAGAUUACAAAAGCUCUAAAAUCACAUGACCUUAUACCUGAUGACAUAAAUUACGUUGUCUCAACUCAUGGCCACUCUGAUCAUAUAGGAAAUAAUAAUCUUUUUCUAAAAGCAAAACACAUAGUUGGUUUCAGUAUAUCUUAUAAAGAUAAAUACUAUAUAUUUCCUUUUGAUAAAGGAGAAGAAUAUGUUAUUAGUGAUACAGUGAAAGUAAUUCCAACACCAGGUCAUACACUAUCAGAUGUUACAGUACUUGUGAAAUCUAAUAAAAGUGAACUAGUAGCCAUUGCAGGUGAUUUAUUUGAAAAAUAUGAAGAUAUUGAAGAUCCUAAUAUAUGGUUAGAAGCAGGGAGUGAGGAUAAAGUUCAACAGGCGAGAAAUAGAUCUAAAAUAGCUGAUACAGCUGACUGGAUAAUACCUGGACAUGGUGCUAAGUUUCAAGUUACUGAAGAAUUAAGGAAAACACUUAGAAAACAGAUCAAAUAAAGAUUUUUUUUUCUGUAAUCUAUAAAUUUUCCUCCCUAAGGGAAAUAUAAAAGGUUUUGUAAAAAAAGAAUAUUCAUAAUUCAAAUUUUAUUACACAUUUUAU